AUGGCUUAUUCAACUAAACUCUGUCUUCCUCUUCAAACACCAUGUUUUGUUCCAAAGACAGUAAGAUCAAGGACUUUGAUGCUUCAACAGAGUCAAAUUCAAGUUAAAGUCAAGCAAGUCACAAUUUCACAGCCUCAGCCGAUAAGAUACUCCACCAAGAACACUGUAUUUGAAGAUCCGAUACAAGGGAUCAUAUGUUACACGGAUGACAAUGGAGAGGUUAUAUGUGAAGGGUACGAUGAAGGUCCUCGUUGUCCCCAAGAGUGUCCAAUGGUAGCUUCUUACUCAAGAGAACUAGAGAUUCUUGAUCUUCUGCAAAGAAGUUAUCAGGACUUGAGAGAUGCAGAGAAGGAUGAUGGUCAAAGACAGGAAAUUGCUUCACAACAACAGUUAAUGAUGAUAAAGUGGAGCAGCUUUGACUUCCUCUAA